AUGUUGCUGAAGCCUGCGACACCCCUCAGUAUCUUACUGCUGAUCGCAUUCGCCCUGUUGCUACUCUCAUGCCUUUCUACGCCUAUUGUUAGAGGCAUUCCCCUCGCAACUUUCAGAGAUGUGGAUUAUGGCGUCUUUGGAUAUUGCAAGGGUGAUACCUGUACCAAUAUCCAUGUGGGAUACACAAGCAAUGACAUCAACAACACUGGCGAUGAUUUCAAUCUCCCUUCCGGUACUCGCAAGUCGCUAUCCUCGAUUCUCAUCGUUCACCCAGUCGCCGCCUUCAUGACCCUCGUUUGUCUCUGCCUGGCCAUUGCGGCCCACUUCCAUGGACCCUCCCACUCGCCGCGCUUUUUGUUGGCGCUUCUUAUUCUGCUGCUGCCGACACUCCUCGUCACUCUCCUGGCGUUCCUGGUCGAUAUAUUACUCUUUGUGCCACAUCUAGGAUGGGGUGGUUGGAUUGUCUUGGCGGCGACCAUUAUCCUCACCUCCUGCGGAGUGGUCACUUGCGCCAUGCGCCGAACUCUCGUGAGCCGGAAGGCAAGGAAGCGCCGAAUCGCCGAAAACGCUGAAAUGAGCGGAGAGAACUAUUACAACCGCCAGAACGCAGCUGCGGCUGCAAUCAACGCCCCUGCUCCGGCUCCCGCGGAACCCAAGGAAGCAUUCAUGUCCAGUUCUCUCACCUCCGACUCGGGCCCGACGUUCGCAACAUUCCACACGGAAAGGCGUGACAGUGAUGAUGAUCGCACGCCUCUGAAUUCGCGGACACCCAUGAACGACAUUCCAGCACCGCAGGACCGGCGCGGCACUCCGUACCGCUCUCAGCAAGAUGAGUUUGGAAACGUCCCACCCCAAGGCCCGGGUCCCUACGGUGCUGGCGCAAUGUCCCGCAACCCCUCUGAUCCGCGCAUUCGUCCGCAAUAUUCAGAUGGCAGCAUGGGUUCUCGCAGAGGAGGAGCGCCACCUGGUUUCAACGGCCGGGGACGAGGUGGUUAUCCGCCGCGGGGUGGACGUGGAGGACCGUACAUGGGACCUUCACCUGGCCCGCGCGGUGGCUAUAUGGGCCCCAUGCCAGGCCGUGGUGGUCACAGUGGUAUGCCGCCUCGAGGACCUCCAGCCGGCUAUAGCCAGGGGCCAGGUGGCCCUAACCGCAGCCUCGACGGGUAUGGUCGAUCUGUGUCUCCUCCGCAGGAUGAAUAUGGCUAUGGGCCGGCACCGGGCCAGAUGCGCCAGCCGUCUCCCGGGCCCAUUGGUAUGGCUAUAUCGCCGGAUACGAUUGGCCAGGCCAUUGAGAUGACGCCACAACCUCGGCCGCAAUACGAUAUGCAUGAAUCAAAUCAGCCAAUGAGCAGCGUACCGCAUGCGCUGACGGUGAACAAUCCCGACGUUCCUGAGGAGAGCCCAACAAGCCUGUACAGCCGACCUGGUUCCUAUAUUCCUCCCCGUUCGGAGUCUGGUUGGGGUGACCGCACCGUGUCCCCACGACCAGGUGGCCCAGGUUUGCAGGCCAACAACACGGGGGCUGCGUACUACGAAGACGUGGACCCUCGGUUCGCUCGUCACCCAUCGCCCGCCAAUGAUGCUGCGAUUCCCUCUUCUCUGACACCUGGAGCUGCUCACUUUUAA